CUCCCCUUAAGCUUUCUGAGCUGAGGGUGGUGGAUAUGAAUAUACUCUUGCAAAUGUUUGAAGAUUUAUAUAAUGCCACUUCACUUUCAUUGAAAUAAAAUUGUUUAGGAAAGUGUUACUUAUGGCAUAAACCGGGGAUAUUGUAAAAAUCAGCAUGAAUAAUCCUAAAUGUGGUCAGAAAAAGAAAAGGAAGUUACCAGCAUGGAUGGGCACUGUGUAUAAUGAUGGUGAUCCAAAAACUGAAAAAGAACCUGAAAGGUUGUCUGAUCACAAACCUGCAUGUAAUCCUGAAACUCAGAAUACUAAGCAAACAUUUCAACAACAAAAGAGCAAAACAUGUGCUAGCCUUAAAUCAUUUGAACCAACUGAAACUAUUGAUGACAUAAUAUCAAAAUCUUUACCUUAUAUGGAAUUUAAAGGUUCUAUUAUUUAUUCAUAUAAUAUCAAUGAUUGCUGUUUAUUGUGUGAUGACCUGUUAGAAUCUCUCAACCCAGAUGAAGAUUUCUUUGUUGGUUUUGAUAUUGAAUGGCCAGUAACAUAUCAAAAAGGCAACCCAGGAAAAGUUUCCCUGAUACAAAUUUGUGUUAGUGAACAAAAGUGUUUCUUGUUUCAUGUUGCAGCAAUGCCGGAAUUUCCUAAAAUACUCAAGAACCUAAUUGAAAAUCCAAAAAUAAAGAAAAUUGGGUUAAACAUCGAAAAUGAUUUUUGGAAACUUGACAAAGAUUGUGACAUUAAUGCUAUGUCCAUAAUCUCUCAUUCUAUGUUAGAAUUAAAGACAUUGGCUAACACAAAAUUAAAAUCAAAUGAAAAUUGGAGUUUAGAUGGACUAGUUAAAAAUGUAUUAAGGAUGAAAUUGAAUAAGGAAGGCAGUAUUCGUUGUGGAAAUUGGGCCAACUUCCCCCUUUCUGAGGAACAGCAAGAAUAUGCAGCUAUUGAUGCCUUUGCUUCUUUAAAACUUUAUAAUAUUCUUCAGAAAAAAUAACUGUUUAAUUUAUUUAAAAAAAUGAAAAUAUCAAUUAGUUGUUGCAUUACAUAUGGAACCAUGAAUUUACUAAUUUAAUUUUUGAAAUAUUAUCUUCUAAGUUAAUUACUGUAACGAUCUUUAAGUUAUUAAAAGUUUUGAUGUUUAA